UUUAGGAAACUGUUCAGCUCUUCUAGACAUAGGCCCUAUAGGUCGUCAUGGCAACAGAGGAUAAAUAAUAGACUGGAGACAGCUUGUUAUUGAGUGAGGGCACAGCCCUUGUGAGCAUCACAUUGGCUCUGAUAUUCAACUUAUACGUUGUCUAUAUUCCGUUUGUAAUCAAGAAUGGAUUCAUGUUUUGGAACUGGGUUGAAAGAUCUGUCGCGUCUUCUAAGCACAGCCGAGCCAGAAUCUGACAGUGACGAUGACUUGCCCAAAACUGGCACAUCCAGGCUGGGCCCAGGAGAUGUGAAACCAAAAUUAAAAGUGAAAGUGAAAGGGGUUGAUAGUGAGCAGGGAGAAAAUGCGACAGAAGCUGUUGAUGACCCGAAGGCGAUUUGGCAACUGCAUGAAGUGACUGAAGUGCCAGUUUGUGAUGAUGCCUCUUACGAUCCACGGCAACGUCCCGAAUAUGACAUCAAGUACAAACAGGCAGUCACUGCUGAAGACAUUUAUUUGCAGAUGGGGAGAAAAACAACUGCUUCGUCCAGUUGUGAGAUGAUGGUACUCGAUUUCAAAUUGGCGAAUGAGCAACGCGAGUGUGUGGAUCUUCAAGUUUCAAGAAAGCAUCUGGAUAUACGUUCACCUCUCUAUCGACUGAGUCUUCCUCUGCCACAUCCUGUUAAUCCGGACAAAUCGACGGCUGAUUGGGAUCCCACCACUUCGAUACUUUCAGUUUCACUUUUUCUCGAUCGUGAACUUGAUUAUGUCAACUUCUAAAAAUGAUUCUAGAUUAAUCUUGAAGGAGCUAGAUAGUAUAAGCUUUUUACAUAGUUUGUAAUGAAAGCUUUUCAAAAUCAUGAUAUUACUUUAAAGACAAUAACCGUAUAAACUUUGCAUAUCUCAUGUCAUUGGAUUUACAUUAUUAUGUUGAGUAUAUUCUUCACAUAAAUAUGAAUAUUCCACCAAAAAUGUUGAUUACACAUCUAUAAAGAAAACUUUCGAAGUACUGUUAUAAAGAUUUAAAAACCAUAUAAUGUUUGCAUCCACGUUCCAAAAUUAUUUAUGUAGACUGCAUUAAUCACAUAGCGAAUUGUAUAAGUACCAAAAUAAAUUGAAUCUAGUGUUUUCAGGGGCGAGGCGUGACUUUUUGGCUCAGUCAUCUCCAGCAACAAUUCAGUUGAAAGUUUGAAUGAAAGCUGCACCCCCCUCCCCUACUUAAAAGAUUAUAUUUCAUUUUGGACAAUUAUUUAUCGAGCAAGAUGACAUCUAGUAUGAGAUAAGCUUACUAUUCAAAAUCCUAGAGUUGAAAAGUCUAGAGCUUGGCUAAAUCUCAAGCUUGGAAACUGGCCCUCAAUAAUUAAAAUUAAUUGAAAUGAAACUCUUUUUCCCUACAGUUACCUU